CAACUGGAUGUUAGCGGUGCAAAAAGACGUGGCAGAAAACUUUAGGCAUGGAUGUAUCCGCUCUGGCAGCUUUGACUUUGUUACUGGGAGCACUGGUUAUACUGGUGGCCUUAGCAGUGGGGAGACGGAAAGAAGAACUGAGGGAGGAAACCGAACAGGCGGCGGAGUUUACCGCUGAAAGCAGCGCUGUGAAGAGUCACGCCUCCAAGAAGCCGAAGCAGGAGAAGCAACGAACCCGCAAAGAAAAAGCAGCGCAGCAUACGUUCAGCCAUCAGCUGUUGGCAGCCUCCCUGAAGAGCCACAGCGGGAACGUGACGUGUCUGGACUUCAGCAGUAACGGGAAGUACUUGGCGUCGUGCGCUGACGACCGGACCGUCCGGAUAUGGAGCACCAAAGACUUCCUGGACCGAGAACACAAGUGUAUGAGAGCCAACGUGGAGCUGGACCACGCUACGCUGGUCCGCUUCAGCCCAGACUCCAGGGCGUUCAUCACCUGGCUGGCUAACGGAGACGCCAUCCGAAUCUUCAAAAUGAUGAAGAAGGACGACGGCUCUCUGAGCUUCAAAGCUGCUCCGGAGGAUUUCCCUCAGAAACACAAAACCAGCAUCCUCAACAUCGGCAUCGCAGAGACAGGAAAGUUCAUCAUGAGCGCCUCCACCGACACCAGCAUCCACAUCUGGGACCUGAAAGGAGAGGUACUGGCCUCUAUCAACACUAACCAGAUUACCAAUUCAUACGCUGCCGUCUCUCCGUGUGGCAGGUUCGUAGCGUCCUGCGGCUUCACUCCUGACGUGAAGGUUUGGGAGGUUUGCUUUGGGAAGAGCGGAGAGUUCAAAGAAGUGGCGCGAGCUUUCGACCUGAAGGGCCACUCUGCUGGAGUUCACGCGUUUGCCUUUUCCAACGAUUCUCACAGGAUGGUCACGGUGUCCAAAGACGGCACGUGGAAGCUGUGGAAUACAGACGUGGAGUACAAAAAGCAGCAGGACCCCUACCUCCUGAAGACCGUCCCCUGUGCCUCAUCCGAAGGCAGCCGGACGGCCUUAUCUCCAGACGGCCGCGUGGUUGCCAUUAGCGACGGCUGCAACGUGGCUCUGUACAACGCUGCUAGCGGCAAGCUGGAGGAGGAGCUAAACGGCGUCCACAGCGAGGAGAUCACCGACCUCAGAUUUGACGUUAGCGGACGAUAUUUGGCGUGUAGCGGCGACAAGGCCAUCCGAGUGUUUCACAACGCUCCGGGCUACCGAGCGGCCAUCAGGGACAUGCAGGACAUGCUGAAGAAGGCUCAGAAUGAGGGCAUGAAGGAGAGACUGCAGCAACAGAUCAAAGAUGCUCAGAGCGCCUUGGAAACCGUGCUGGCCGCUCACGUCGAAUGAGCUAGCCCCAAAAUCGAGGAGGCGCGCUGUGAUGAUGUCACGUUCUGACUGAUUAUCUGUUUUUUCAAUGUCUGCUGUCCCUCUGCUCCGAAAUGACCUGGUCAGGGAAUCAUGCAUGCAGUUUUAAUAAAGAAUAUCUUUUUAUUGAAAGAUUAAA